AAUACUUUAGUUGAAGUUAAUCCACUCUACCAAAUUAGAGAGCCUUGUGGUGUGCCACGUUUGAGAACAGAGCAUAGAAGAACAGAGCAUAACAGAACAGAGCAGAACAGAACACUCUUGGUUCUUCUUUUGUCUCUCUCGAAAACACUCUCUUAUUAUUCUCUCUGCCCCUCUUUAAUUCAGUGCCUGUUUACUCUUUUCUUCUUCCUUUUUUAUCUUCUUUCUUUAUGCAAAUAUGGGGGAAGAGGUGCGUGUAACCAAUUUGCAUAAUAGAAACGGUGGAAACGAAGAUCAGAACCAGGAAUUCGACAUUUAUCCUUUGAGUAGUUACUAUUUUGGAUCCAAAGAUGCCAUUCCCUUCAAAGACCACACUCUACAUCAUCACCUUCUCAGGAUCCAAUCCAACUAUGCUGCCAGUGGAUUACGAACUUCUGUGGAGGCUGUCUUACUGGCUGUUGUAUCAGGUUGAAUUGUUCAAACAUCCACACUUGUUGCUUUUGCAAGUAAGAAAUUCCAUCUAUAAACUUCCCGGUGGUAGAUUAAGGCCAGGCGAAUCAGAUACUGAUGGAUUGAAGCGUAAGCUGACAAGGAAGCUUUCUGUUGAUGAAGAUGGAGAUGGUUCAGAAUGGGAGGUUGGUGAAUGCCUUGGAAUGUGGUGGAGACCUGAUUUUGAAACAUUAUUGUAUCCUUUCUUGCCACCAAAUGUAAAACAGCCAAAGGAGUGUACAAAAGUGUUCCUUGUGAAGUUGCCUGCCAGCAGGAAGUUCAUUGUACCCAAGAACAUGAGGUUGCUUGCAGUUCCAUUGUGCCAAGUUCAUGAAAAUCAAAAGACAUAUGGGCAGAUAAUAUCAGGUGUUCCACAGCUUCUGUCGAAAUUCUCUUUCAACAUGUUGGAAUCUUGAUAUUUUAUCCAUUUGGCAGGCAGUCACAGUCUCUGCUAAUGAGACUUUGUAUAUAUCAUAAGUUUCUAUACCAAAAAUCAGACUCUAAUGUUCAAAAUAGAUACAUACAUCAUACCUGUAUUUUUUAGUGAUAUGUGGGAGCUGGUGGAAAAUCCAAAAUCCUCAAGGAGAACGACAAUAUGUAGAUAAUGUAUUUUUUUCAUUUCCAUGUGAUGGUUUGAGUUAAAGUGUUUUUUUUUUUCUUUUUUAAUUAUGAGUUGAUGAGUCACUUUUAAUA